GCAACUGUAUAUGCGUGCAUCUUUAUGAAUCUGUCCCUUUUUUUAAGCGCGUCCAAUCGCCCCGUCGCGUCGCGCUUCCUCUCCACCGACGCCGAUCCCCGCUCCGAUCGAGGAGAACGAAGGGCGUCCGAUCUCCCCGUCGCGUCAAGUUUCCCCUCCACCGACGCCGAUCCCCGCUCCCAUCGAGGAGAACGAAGGGCGUCCACCCGCCCCGUCGCGUCAAGUUCCCUCUCCACCGACGCCGAUCCCCGCUCCGAUGGAGGAGAACGACCCACGCCCCCUCGUUUUGACUCGGACUCUGUCGGUAUCUGGUUUAUUUGGAUCCGUGGUUUAGAUCGAUCAAAGUCAGCGUCGUCAUUCCAGACGUGGACGAUGUCACUACACGGCUUCACCCGCGGUGUCAGACGGCGCGACGAGAUGUCUCCCCCGAGCGAAGGACGGGGAACACGGACGAGCGUGGCGUCCGAACGCGAGGAGACGGACCUCCGGAGCUCCGACACCCCCAGGCGUGCAGUGUUCGCGGGCAGCAUGCAGCUGCUGGCGGGGAUAAAGCUGUGCACGGGCAGAGCGCUCACCAAUCACCCGCACUACGAGGACCGGGCACUGCGCGAGAGGACCAGGCAGGUGUACCAGAUUUACGCUCGGCAGUCCGCCCAGGAGGUGCACAGGCUGUUGCGCUCCGUAGGAGCCGACUACGUGGCGUUAGAGGACAGCAUCUGUCACGAGCGUCGCCACAGCCGCGGCUGCAGACUCAGGGACCUGCUCGACCUGGCCAACGGACACGUCAUGGACGGGCCCGGGGAGAACGAGCCGGAUCUGACGCCGUCCCCUCACCCUCGCUUCUGCCAGGCGGUGAAGAGCGGCGAAGCUCCGUACUCCGGCCUCUUCACCCGCGUCUUUCGCAACAAGACCUUCGACGUGUACAAGCUGAAUAAAGCCAAGAAGAAGAAGAACGGCGGGACGGACGGAGGUGCGUAGACGGCGGCCCGGGAGGACGGCGAGUCGGCGGAGGCGGUGGGACCGCGUCGCGCGCGUCUCGCGACGGAGAGGCGACCGCCCCGACCCGGACGGGCGGACGGCGGGCCGACGGGGCGGCGGACGAGACCCCCGUCGAACCGCGCCACGCGAAGCGGCGAGAGGUCACGUUUGAAGGAGCGCGCGAAGAGUGUUUUUUCAUCCUUUCGGUUUGUUUUUCGGUGUCGUUUGUUCUCUCUCUUGUACGUCGGUCGUUUACGUGCGUUAAGUUCGGUGUGUUAAUAAAGUGUCUCCUGUAACACUC